AUGAAACAUCAGCCGGGAACUCUGGUCAACGGAAUCAUUGUCUGUUACUCUGCCCUCGCGAGUGCUUGUGGCCUUACUGGGCGGCAUGUGUUAAGCCAGCGAGAUUCGGCAGUUCUGGCCCAAAGGGCAAGGACAGGAGAUCCUUUACAGUCUCUCCGAAUCCUCAACCCCUACCCCGGCAUCUUUGCGUACUACGAUGGACGCACUGGGGAGCGCUUCCACUCAGAUCAGCCCAACUGGUUAGACGAUGGAGCGUUCACUCUCGGGGUGUCGACAUACUCCAUAAUCGACGGCAACGAAGCCAUCAUCUUCGACGCGCACAUCACUCCGGACCAUGCGGGAGCAGUGAUGCGCCACGUCCAGAGCCAGGGCGUCACCAAGAUGUCCGUGGUCAUCAGCCACUUCCACAACGACCACAUCGCCGGGACAGACGUGUUCGCCAAGGGCGGCGCGACAAUCGUCGGAAACGAAAAGACGAAGCGCACCGUCGACCGCAACUCCCAGCGUCUCGCAGCGGAUGACCCGCCCAUCACGGCCGUGGCCCCGACGGAGCUCUACGCCGACAAGAAGGAGAUGAAGGUCGGCAACCUCACCGUCGAACUUCACAACUUCCAGGUCCACACGCCCGAUGGAACAGUCCUGUAUAUCCCGUCUAAACAGCUUCUGUUUGCCGGCGAUACGCUCGAGGACACGGCGACGUUCAUCGCCCAGCCAAGGGAUUUGCCCACGCACCAGAAGGAACUUCAGAGGAUGGCAACCUUUCAAAUAUCCAAGAUCCUACCGGCUCACGGGGAGCCGAAUCGAAUUGCCGCGGGCGGCUACAACUCAACUUUCAUCAACGCGACUUUGAGGUAUAUCAGUGUCAUGACGGAGGAUGUGCCGCAACCAGCAGCAUGGACUAUGCCGUUAUCACAAGUCGUUGCAGAGGACGUAGCAAAGGGUGACCUGAUUUACUUUGCCCAGUAUGAGGAAGUUCAUAAGAGCAAUGCCCAGUCGAUUCAGGAGUCUCGACAGGGCCGAUAA